AUGAUAAAGUUGAUAGGCUUGCAGUUGUAUCUGACUCAAAUUUCGAACAGUUACUCAACACCAAAAAUCGAAAGCGGGACAGGAGAGCAACAAACUUUGUCCAUAAUUGACUCAUUAGAUGACUGGGGUAUUGCAGACAAGAUUAAAAGCUUAUGCUUCGAUACAACGACUUCCAAUACAGGACCGCACAGUGGUGCAUGUGCGACAUUGGAACGUAUACUUGAAAAGAAAUUUCUUUAUUUUGCUUGCCGAUAUCAUGUUUAUGAAUUAGUUCUUCGGAAAGCAUGCCAAACUUGUUUACCUGCUACGUCAGAUCCAAAUGUUUCUACGUUUGAACGAUUCCUGCAAACUUGGAAAAAUAUUGAUCAAAGUAAUUACAUAACUGGAUUGGACAAUGAAAUCAUACGUGAUAAAGUCAUGGACGAAAGAGAUAAUGUAUUGCCAUUUAUUUCCAAACAACUCAAUGUAUGA